UCAUUUAUCCCUCAAAACACAGAAUCAAAAGUCACCAGAUUGAGAAAAUCCUUCUCUUAUCGAUAAUUACAUCACCCUCCAGUAAAGAACUGAAAAGGUUACACUUCUUUCUUCCUUUCAAGGACAUCCCAGUAAAGCAAGGCAAUCACCCUGCCAACCUGUCCAUCCCCUCCCAUCUAACUUCUUCUAGCCACUAUAAUAUACCCGCACGCGCGGCAUUUCCUUUUAAAAUCUUUCCACAGCCACAGAGACAGAGGGAGAGGGAGAGGGAGAGAGUGUCUGCUUUCCCAUUGUUGACUUUGUUCGUUGCAGAGAGCAGUGCUUCCUUUCCUCCUCCUCCUUUACUACACUACAUGUGUUUUCCGCCGCCUCCUCCUCCUCCUCCUCCUCCUCGUAUUAUUAUUAUUAUUAUUCAGAACUAGCUGUACACAAACAUACCACGUUUACACACACAACCACCACAGAUCAGUCCAAGUUAAAGCCUACUUUUGGCAUUCUUUUAGCAGACACUAAAGAUCCCUUGAACUCCCUUAAACUACUAUACAUCCCUGUCCUUUGGAUCUCCACCUUUCACCCUCUUCCUCCUCUGCCCCUCCCUCUACACUUGUAAAUACCUCUGUUUUCCUUCUACAUUUUGUGCACAUAAAACAUGUACAAGAAGGAGAGAUCUUCAAGGGAAAGCACAUUCCAUCCAAGAAGAAGAACCCCGUCUUUCUCUUCAACUCUUCUUGACUCUAUUUACCGUUCGAUUGACGAAUCCAACGGUGAAGAACAGCAUGUGCUGGGGAUCAAGAAACAGAGUUGCAACUCUGUUUCUACAACCAGGCGUGAUACGUCGUUUCUUGAAGAGGAGAAAGAGGUAUCUACUACUCUUAGACGAGCUGUCAGGACUGAGAGCUGGAUGGACAAGAAAAGCACUCGUGGCUCCAUGCAAUAUAAUUCGACUUCAAGCUCUUCAGAUUCUAGCUCUGCAGGAGGAGGAGGAAGCGGAGGAGGUGUGUUCUCGUCCUCCGAAAACGAGUCAAGUGUCAGAGGAAACUCAAGUUCUUGCCAACAGAGAACAAAACCACUUUCAGACAAACCACAUCAGAAACCGAAAUGUGAAGGAGGAGGGUUUCAUAAGACGAAGCUAAGAGCAUUAAAAAUCUACGGUGAAUUAAAGAAGGUAAAGCAGCCGAUUUCACCAGGUGGUCGCAUUGCAAGCUUUCUAAAUUCUAUUUUCAAUUCAGCAAGUGCUGCAAAAAAAGUGAAAAUGUGCUCUAUUGGGGCCAUGGAUGAUGUAAGUUUUGAGCGUAAAUCAAAGUCUGCUUGCUCAUCGGCUACUUCCUUUUCAAGGUCCUGUUUGAGCAAAACACCUCCUCCAAGAGGGAAACCAAGUAAUGGCACAAAAAGGUCAGUUCGAUUCUAUCCUGUUGGUGUCAUUGUUGAUGAGGAUUCAAGACCUUGUGGGCAUAAAAGUAUUUAUGAAGAUGAUCCAGGAUUGAUGCCAACGCCUCGAAAAGUGGUCAAAAGUAGUUCUGUCAAGGAAUUAGAGGUUGCUAAAGGAGCAGCAGCAGAUUAUUUAAGAAGUUAUCACCAAAGGAAGAAUGUUAGUGAAUUUGAUUUCAGGGGUUUCCACAAUUAUGUUGCAGAUGACAGUGACAGUGACGACGAGAGUUGUACAAGCUCCGAUCUUUUCGAGCUCGAUCAUCUUAUUGGGAUUGGAAGGUACAGAGAGGAGCUCCCAGUGUAUGAAACCACUAACUUCAAAACUAAUCAGGCCAUUGCUAAUGGCUUUUUCCCGUAAUAUUCAUGUUGUUACCAGAAUUACCGAAAUCCAAAUCAAAUCAUCAAUGCAAUUAAUGUUUUGGGGACUUAUCUAAUCAAUAA